AGUUAUUGUUUGGAAGCUUAAUGGCAGGUCGGCGUGGUGUUUAGAUUGUCGUGUAAUUUUUACAGUUUUUAAACAUAAAUUCCCGCUGGUUGGCGAGAUAUCGCCUUCAAGUUAUAAUUAAACCACAUAAGGUAUCAAAAUGGCCAUGACUUCGUCGCAAGUGAAAGCGCAGCUCCAACAGCAGCAGCAGCAGCAGCAACAAAAUAACAUGGCGGGUAGCGGCACAGGGUGGCCCCGGAGAAAUAGCCAAAGCUCAACCCCCACUGGCGCCGUGGAAGCAAAAUUCACCCCUUCAACUGCUAUUAAUAGAAAUAUUAAUCUUUAUCCACUGACGAAUUAUAUAUUUGGCACCAAGGAGCCGCUUUUUGAGAAAGACCCAAGCGUUCCUGCACGAUUUCAAAGAAUGAGGGAUGAAUUUGAAAGAAUAGGCAUGCGUAGAAGUGUGGAGGGUGUAUUGUUGGUACAUGAACAUGGUUUACCUCACGUUUUACUCUUGCAGUUGGGGACCACAUUUUUUAAAUUACCUGGGGGUGAAUUAAACCCAGGUGAAGAUGAAGUGGACGGCCUUAAAAGGUUACUCACAGAGACUCUCGGCCGCUUGGACGGCGUCAAGCAAGAAUGGGUCGUCGAAGACAUAAUCGGUAACUGGUGGAGGCCGAACUUUGAACCGCCCCAAUACCCUUACAUACCGCCCCACAUAACGAAACCCAAGGAACACAAGCGUCUAUUCUUAGUUCAGCUACAAGAGAAGGCCCUAUUCGCGGUCCCCAAGAAUUACAAGUUAGUUGCGGCGCCCCUCUUCGAACUGUACGACAAUUCCCAAGGCUACGGGCCCAUAAUUUCGUCCCUGCCGCAGGCCUUAUGCAGGUUCCAAUUUAUAUACAUGUGAUCUCCAAUCCCGUCUAGAAAGUAAGGACGAUAAGUAUGUCACCAUCUGAAGUCUUCUAAUCACUAGGAAUAGAAGACAGAAUAAAGUUUUAUCAUUUAGAAAGAGUAAAGUGUCGAUUGAUGUGACAUUCACAUUACACAUAUUCUUUUUUCAUUUUGUACAUUUCUCUAGGUUAAGGUGCAAAAACAUGUGACUUGACCGCGUCAUUUAAAUCGUAGCUUAUUAUCCUGUCAAUGAGAUAUGUUUUAAAUUAUAUGUAAUUUCUAUCGGAAAAGUGUGGAGGAUGAAGUAUAACAAUGAAACGUCAA